CUCUGCAUUUCUGCAGUUAAUUCUAUCAUUCAGUCACGACCAGUUCUUGACUGGAAGUGGUAAUUUAUAAAAACAAAUUUUAAACAGUAUCAGAAGUUCGUCUCACAUUAAAAUUAUGUACUAUCUUUAAGUCUGUUUUCGGUUCAAACAGAAUUAAACGGCUUCGACGACCGCUUACUGUAUUUUGACUUUUAAGUGAUGGAAUAAAUACAUGUCUUUGACAGGCAUGGAAAACAGAGGUUUUAGUGUUUGUGUGUGUAUUUUAGUAAUAGGUUUCGUAAAUAGCCAUAUUUUAGAGAAUUUCAAUAGAGAAGAUAUCAAUACAACGGCAAGAUGGAAGCGACAAAGCCAAAGUUACAAAUGCACCCUCCCCAAGCAUCCCGACAACGGUCGAUGGUUGAUCAUCAACGGCGAUGGCAAACCAGGUGACCAAAUAGAUAUUAACACAAUUUUGAAAAUAGAAUGUUUAGAUGGAUAUAGAUUGAAUCCAAUAAUACCUUUUGUGGCCUGCGACGUCGGCUUCGAUCCAAACAAAUUUCCUAAAUGUGAAAAAAAGUGUCCAUCAUUUUACUCAACGGCAACUACAACUCUAAAGUGUGUAGACAGAGAUGGAAACAAAAUUGGCUGCGAUCAAGCCAUCGAUGGUACAUACUUAACCUUCGACUGUAUCGCAUAUUACGAAGUACCACCAGGAAACAAAAGAAGCUUAUUUUGCAGAGCAGGUACUUGGGAUUUUCCAAAACCAGUUUGCCAACCAGUAUGUGGGAAAAAAGUCAAUAAUGAAACGAUCGCACUCUCAUACGGUGGCAAAGAAGUCAAAGAUUUAGAAUACCCUUGGGUAAUAGCAAUUUACAGAAAACAAGGAGGAUCGUAUCAAAAUAUUUGUGGUGGUACUCUAGUAAGCAGACGGAUAGUUCUCACUGCUGCACAUUGUGUUACGAAUGAUUAUGGUGUCGCCCAACCAAAGGAACUGUUUGAGGUUGCAGCUGGCAAAUAUUAUAAUGCUUAUGGAGAUCCACGUGAUCAAUGGGUCCAAUAUCGAAAGAUUUCCAAACUGAUAGUAAAAGACGGAUACAGAGGAGAAAGUCAACGUUAUGCUGCGGAUAUUGCUGUAAUUGUUUUAGAAAAGCUGUUUCGUCUGGGACCAGUCGUCCAACCUGUUUGCAUUAACAAUCUUCAGAACAUUUACUUGAAAAACAGGCAAAUGGGAGAAGUAGCCGGAUGGGGCAUAACCGAGAAGAACCAAGUAGCAGACCGUUUGAGAGUCAUCAAAAUUCCGUACAAAGAGAAAAGUACUUGCAGCCAAGAGCUGCCGGCUGAAUGGGAGGAGAAGUACAAUUUUUUGGACAAAAUAUGUGCUGGUUACUACAAGCGGAACAUUAGCGUGUGCAAAGGAGACAGUGGUAGCGGGCUAGUGUUUGUAAAUAGCGAAGACAGCAGAUAUUACAUACAUGGAAUAGUCAGUAUAGCUCCAAAUUUGUUUAAUUUGCAAUGUAAUUAUGAGACGAACGCGUUGUACACCAGUAUAGCAUUUUAUUAUAGUUUUAUUGACGUAGAAAUACAAAAACAUUACGUCGAAGACUGCAAACUACCAGCUCAUCCAGAAAAUGGGAAAUGGUCAUUAGAAAAUGAUGCAGAAAAAUACCCCGGAGAAAUAGUUCCAUCCACCUCUAUAUUGAAAUUUUCCUGUCAUAGGGGAUACAAACUAUCGUCUGCUAGUCAAUAUUAUGAAUGUGAAAAUACUUAUAAUGCUCCAACAUGCAAAUUGCUAUGCCCAAAACUUGAUUUUCCAAAGAAGACCAUUACCAGUUGCAAAAACAGCAGGGAACAAGUUAUCGACUGCGCAGACGCCUCGGACGGUUCUAGCGUCACAUAUGUGUGCCCAGCAGGAUUCGAAACUGACAGAGGAACCUCAACCAGCACCAGAUAUUGCAUAAAUGGCUCGUACGGCAAACCCAAGCCUGAUUGUUUAAUCACAGGGAGCGGAGGAAAAAAUACUACUACUGAAACAUCACCUGGUAGCUCUGUUUAUGCUUUAGAUGGUCAAAAGGUUAUUUGCACUUAUGCCAGUUGGUGGGCGUACGAAGGAAUUUUACCUGAAGACUUAGAUCCUAUGCUUUGCACUCAUGUGGUGUAUGAAUUUAUUGGUCUUUGGGAUAAGGGCGAUGUACGUGUUCAAGAUGAUGGGCUUGACUUAGACCAGGAACAGAGAGGUUUAUAUAAUAGAAUCACAGAUAUGAAGAAGAAGAAUAAAGACUUAAAAGUAUUGUUAAGCGUUGGAGGCACUCUAGCAACUAAUUCAACUCUUUUUCGAAGGGUUGCCGGCCAUGCCGCAAAAACAGGAGCAUUCUUAGGAAGUGCAGGAUAUUUUUUGAAAACUUACCAUUUCGAUGGUAUAGAUAUCGACUGGCAAUAUCCAGAAGAAUCCGAUAUGAAAACCUAUAUAGACUUCUUGAAAAUUGUCAAAGAUGAAUUUGACAGAAAUGGUUGGUUACUCAGCGCCACUGUACGACCAUAUUUAGAAGGAACUGGAUAUAAUGUCACAGCCAUGAAUAGAAUUUUGGAUUGGGUAACAAUAAGAUCCUUCGAUUUUUUCGGAGGAGAAUGGAGCAAUUCCACGGGAAUACACAACGCUCUGUACGCUUCUUCCAAAGACGAUUUUUGGCAAAAACGACAUUCGAACAUGGACUCUGUCGCUAAAACUUGGAUUCAUGCUGGUUUGAGUAAGGAGAAACUCGUUUUGAGCAUCGCUUUCUAUGGAAGAAGUUUUACUUUAAAAGAUCCUAAAGAACAUGGACUUCACGCACCCAUUACUGGACCUGGGCCUGGCGUAGAUGGGGGAUUCGUCAGAUAUUACGAGCUCUGUUCGACAUAUAAAAACAAUUAUACCGAAGAAUGGGACGAUGAAACAAAAGCCGUUUACAAAUACAAUGACAGUUUUUGGAUUGGAUUUAAUACCAAAGAUGCAGUUUGGACUAGGGGAGACUAUAUAAAGAAAAACGGUUACGCUGGUGUAAAUGUUUUUCCAUGGGACGGCGACGACAAUAAAGGAAUCUGCGGAAUGAAACACAUUUUACUGAAACACGUACACGGAGGUAUGGGUCACCCGGUGGAUUGGGACCACUAAACAACCCGUCAAAUAAUCAAUCGUGAGAAAGAACUAAUCUAAAACUAUCUCACGAAAUUCUGUCGAGACUGUGUUAUUUUUAUACUCAUUCAUUAAUAUAUUAUACAAGACAUUUUUGAUAAAUAAAUGUAUUUAGGUAUAAUUA